AUGAGUCGAAUCUACCACUUUGACAUUCUCCAUAGUCUUGGAGACCACGAUAUAACUGGAAUUCAGAACCAAAUAAAAACAUGUUUCCGUUACAUUAGUCAAGAAAACUUAGAAGCACUACCAAAACAAGGUGGAUUUGGGCUUCUCAACCUCAGAACUCAAUUACUGGGAGGAAGGUGUCGAAUGAUUCUACACACCCUUAUCGGUGACCAAGAUUGGCAAUUUGAAAUAUAUCGACUAAAGAUACAAAAAUUCAUCAAUAAAAUUCAACCACCAAAACAAGAAGACAACCACCAACAAAUUGUGCCAUGGUAUAAAUUUUUGAUGCACUAA